AUGCCCCAUGUCGAGUACCGGCCACCUGUGGGCGACUAUGAAGAAUGCCCAGCCGUCCACCACGGCUCCAUCGCGUCACCAUACAAGUCGAUCAGAGAUCCCCAGCUCAGGGAUCAGUUCGCCGCAGAAAACAACGUUCUCUGCUUUGAAACGGGGGCAGCAGGGCUGAUGAGCACAUUUCCGUACCUCUUGAUCCGUGGCAUUACCGACUACGCAGAUACGCAUAACAGUACCAAGUGGCGCGGAUAUGCCGCUGCCGCUGCCGCUGCCUAUUCUCGACAUCUUCUCCACGUCCUGGGUGACCAAGACGUUGAAGAUGAGCCGACGUUUCAGGUUUACGCUGAGCGCAAGGCGGCCAAAGAUGCUGCCUCGUCUUCCGCCGACAGACCUGCUGCUGGCGAUGUUCCACCUGUGCUCAGGCCACAGAACAAACAGGACAAGUCGAUGAUAGGGUACUUUCUCCAAACUGAGAUCGACGCAGCAAACCGCCGGGAUCGGAAAGGUCUGGAGGCGGAUCUCAUCAAGCUGAUGGGGAUAAAUAGCGAUAUCGUGUGGGAGCCACUGAUCCUAGAGCUCGAACAAUUUCAUAGGAAAUGGCAGAUAACGCAGCCCCUUGUACGAGAGGGGAGAAAGAUUGUAUAG